UUUAUCUUCCCUUCUGUGCAGUUUAACAUGAUGGUUCAGUUAGACUUAGGCAUUAAAGUUUUGGGGCCAGCACGUUUUUCUCUCUGCUUUGUGUUUACAGCUGGACUUUUAUCCACAACAACGAACGGAUAUGUGCAAGAAACAGAUAUUUCUGUUGAUGGGCUUCCCAACUAUGAAGUUGUUCAUCCUUUUAGAGUGGAUUCAACUGGACAUUUUUUGUCAAAUCUCGUGUCCCACCGUGUGAGUCGGGUUCAGAGGCGAGAGACAGCAAAAAACGCACAGAAUGUUGCCCAAGUUUUCUACCGUCUGCAGUAUGGUGGGCACGACCUGCACUUUAACCUUACCCUAAACCCCUAUCUUCUGGCACCUGGCUUCAUCACAGAGCUGAGAUCUGGUGGCCUCCAAGGGUCUACGUUACAUGGGCAUGGCCAUUCUCUCUGCUAUUUUCUGGGAGAUGUGUGGAGCAGUACUCUGAAGUGGGGUCAUGCAGCUCUGAGCACUUGCAAUGGCCUGACAGGGCUGUUCAAGCUGUCAGAGGAGGAAUUCUUCAUUAGUCCGCUGAAGCCACCACAAGAAGAGUCAGCACCACAGGCUCAUGCCAUCUACAAGCGACACGCCAUCCAAUCAGAAAAGCGGCUGCUGCAGCCUUUGUUUGGGGAGCAAACAGCUAAUGCAACCUGUGGGGUCAAAGAUCAUAGGGGAGGUGCAGAGCAGGUGGAGAGGCAGAGAGAGCGCUGGGAGAGACGGCAACAACGCAGACGGAUUAGACAACGCUCCAUUAGCACUGAGAAGUGGGUAGAGACCUUAGUCGUGGCUGAUCCUAAAAUGGUGGAGUACCAUGGUAGCAAAGGAGUCGUGAGCUAUGUGCUCUCUGUCAUGAAUAUUGUGGCAGGAUUGUUUCGGGAUGCCAGUAUUGGAAAUGCCAUCAACAUUGUAGUUGUGCGUCUCAUUCUCCUGGAAAAAGAUGAGGAGGAUCUGAAGAUCACCCAUCAUGCUGACAACAGCCUGAACAGCUUCUGUAAGUGGCAGAAGGGCAUUAACAUGAAGGGUGAUGAACAUCCAGUCCAUCAUGAUGUGGCUGUCCUGCUCACUAGGAAAGACAUCUGUGCAGCUAUUAAUAAGCCGUGUGAGACAUUAGGACUGUCUCACAUGGCUGGGAUGUGCCAACCACAUCGCAGCUGCAGCAUCAAUGAAGAUACAGGCCUCCCCGUGGCACUUACAGUAGCACAUGAGCUCGGCCACAACUUUGGGAUUCAGCAUGAUGGGAGCGGGAAUGACUGCGAGCCCAUUGGGAAAAGACCUUUUGUGAUGUCACCGCAGCUUCUGUACGGCACCUCUCCACCCAACUGGUCUCGCUGCAGCCGCGAGUACAUCACACGCUUUCUCGAUCGAGGCUGGGGCUGGUGUCUGGAUGACCCUCCUGUCAGGAAUGAGCUGGAGAUGCAGUCUGCUCCUCCCGGUGUGCUGUACAGUGCUGCUCAUCAAUGCAAACUCCAGUACGGCUCCAGUUCACUGCUCUGUGACGACAUGGAUAAUAUCUGCAGCACCCUGUGGUGCACAGUGGAUUCAACCUGCCACUCGAGGAUGGAUGGUGCUGUGGAUGGGACCAAGUGUGGUGAGGGCAAGUGGUGUUUUGAUGGGGAGUGUGUGGCAGUGGGUUCCCAACCUAAGAGUGUGAAUGGAGGCUGGGUAUCAUGGAGCGGUUGGUCCGACUGCACCAGGACUUGCGGCGUAGGAGUUCAAAAUGCCCAGAGGGACUGCAUCAACCCUGUACCAAAAUAUGGAGGUAAAUACUGUCUCGGGGAGCGGCGUAGAUAUCGAACCUGUAACCGUGACCCCUGUCCUCUGAACCAGCCCAGCUUCAGAUUCAUCCAGUGCAGCCGCUUCAACACAGUUCCUUACAAGGGAAAGUUUUACAAAUGGAUACAUGUGAAUAACAGAGUUAAUCCAUGUGAACUGCACUGUAGACCCUUGAACGAACAUUUCUCAGAGAGGAUGCUGGACACCGUCAUAGAUGGAACACCUUGUUACGAAGGCAGUCACAGCCGUGACAUUUGCAUUAAUGGCAUCUGCAAGAACAUUGGCUGUGAUAAUGAGAUUGACUCAGAUGCUGUUGAGGAUCAAUGUGGUGUAUGUCAUGGAAAUGGUUCCACGUGUGAGACAGUGAGGAAGACCUUUGAGGACAGUGAAGGGCUUGGCUAUGUAGACAUAGGCCUAAUUCCAGAAGGUGCACGGUACAUCCGUAUUGAGGAAGUUGCGGAGGCUGGGAACUUCUUGGCAUUACGCAGUAAUGACCCUGAAACAUAUUUCCUGAAUGGGGGCUGGACGAUCCAGUGGAAUGGGGAAUACAAGGCAGGAGGAACAAUAUUCACUUACGAGAGGAACGGCCAGCUGGAAAACCUGUCUUCCCCUGGACCAACCAUGGAGCCAGUGUGGAUUCAGCUGCUCUUUCAGGAGUCGAAUCCAGGAGUGAGAUACGAGUACACUAUAAGCAGAGACAGUUUUGUCGAUUCCAACAAUGGUACCCCUGUCUCUUAUUUCCAGUGGAUUUUUGGGGCCUGGGCAGAGUGCAGCGCUACGUGUGGUACUGGUGUACAAAGGCAAGUUGUGCAUUGUGUAGAGAGGACAUCUGGAAUUGUUGAGGAGCAUUACUGUGACCCAUCAACCAGGCCAGAUGACAAGCAAACUAGCUGCAAUAAGGAGUCAUGUCCAGCCAUAUGGUGGGCUGGAGAGUGGCAGAAGUGCUCAUCAUCUUGUGGAGACAUGGGGCUGAGUAAGAGAACAGUCCUCUGUAUUCAGAGUGUGGCCCUGGAUGAGCAGCGAGCACUGCAACCUACUGAAUGUCAACACAUGCCUAAGCCUGAAUCGAUUGCCCCAUGCAACACACAUUUGCCCUGCCCUGCAGAUUGGAUGACUGGAGCCUGGUCAGAGUGCUCUGUGAGCUGUGCAGCUGGUCUCCAGACUCGUGACGUGACCUGCAGCUGGAACACUGCCGUAGACUGUGACUCGAAAGCCAAGCCUAAUUCAACCAUGCCAUGCUAUGCUCGGGACUGCCCCACAAAUUCAAACGUCUUUGGCAAUGACAAGUCUGAAAGUGGAGCAUCUAGCAAAGAAGUUUUUAAUGACAUUCAAGCAAUACCUUAUGAUGUACCCACAUUUGGCAUCGGUACAACAAGAAUUCAGCCCAGGGACAAUGUUGACCUCAAUAAUAUAGAAGAAGGAGAUUUCUCACAUUAUAGUCAUGUAGACAAGCCUUCUGAAAAUUCCAUUGUGGAAAAUCUUCAGGUUGAUGAUUUUUACUAUGACUACAAUUUCAUAAAAUUUCAUGAGGAUCUGUCAUAUGAUCUUGACAAAGAUGAAAAUGAUGUGUUUGAUAACUCAGGAAUAAAUCAAGGGACAGAUGUCCCCACAACUACCUCAUCGCCAUCCACCACUGUGGACCAACUUAAUUCCACCACCAUGCACUCGAACAGCAUCACCAACAAGGGUACUGAAAGUCAUGAACCACAGAAUUCCAAUGAAAAUAGCGAUGAAGUAUUUGCAGACAACUAUUUCCUACCUGUCAUUACAACAACAGAACCAUCCUCUCCUGUUACAAGGUUAUUUAACAAAUGGAAAGACUUAAACGUUAAUCUUGACGUAACUCAGGACUUCAGUGCCACAAGAAACUCUACACCAAUUGGGGAGCACGCAUUAUCAAAUGAAACUCUGCCAGACAUUUUUUGGACACCUAAACAACUUGAAAUCCCUAAUGAAAAUUUUAAUAACUUGAACGAUUACAAAGAAGUUCAGAAAGAUAACACCAAAAUGCCUGUAGCUGAAGUUGUGGCUGUGGAGGAUGGAGAAGAUGAAAAGCAGUUUGGCGAAGAACAUGGAGGUGAGAGUGACUGGGAAAGCUUUCAACCACAACCAAGCACUAAAACCUCUGAAACGCCAUUGGAUAAUGUGCUUUAUUUUGAAACCAAUGAGAAUAGACAAGUUGAUAAUCCCACAACUCCAUUAAAGUUGAUUACAGACUCUCCAAAGUUCUUACUUGGCACAAUUUCACACCCAUUAGAGCUACUCAGCAGUACUUUCAGCGUUUUCACUGAAUCAACAAAGAACACCAAGUCUAGUGAACCAUGGCUCGCCAUUAGUGAGAUUAUAACCUCGGAUAGCCUUUCUCAAGAGUCCAUUCCUUCUCCAACUUCCUCUAACGUGGCCAAACAUUACAGUAGCAUGACCUCAGCAGCUGGAACAACAGCUCUACAUCCUACAGAUAUGGAAAGUGAUUUAGAGCCCCCAGUCAUGACUCCAACUGAGAUUCCAGAUACUAAAUUUGGAACAAAGACUCGCAGUUGGUAUUCGAAGGCACCAACCAAGACCACUGAGCCUGGAGCUCCAUAUACUCGCAUAGAGCCUUGGGAAACUCCGGUCCCCUUACCUCGCAGGACAAAGAUUAAAAAGAGUGAGAUAAUUUCAAGAAUGCAAAGACCUAGUCUUUUUACUCCAACUCUGCAGCCAUCUCAGGGUGCUCCCAAUGAACCUUUAGCACAUUCUUUUAGCCCUACAAUGCCUACUGGGUUGAUGCUCUCUUCUCUUUCCCCACCAUUCUCGCCUGCACACUGGAGAAAGGGCAACUGGAGUGCUUGCUCCACAAGUUGUGGGCUUGGUGCCAUCUGGAGGUCAGUGUCCUGCAGCACUGGCAAUGAAUCAGACUGUGAUUUAGCUACCAGACCAGUGCCAGCGCGCCGCUGCUACCUACGACCCUGCUCCGUUUGGAAAAUUGGAGAGUGGAGUAAAUGCUCGAAGAACUGUGGUGGAGGUGUUAAAUUGCGAGAGAUUCAUUGUUAUGACACAAGGGAUCAGAGGCCACUGCGGCCAUUCCACUGCCAGGCCACUUCUCUGAGACCACCUGCCCGAAUGCCCUGUAACAUCCACAGCUGUCUGGACUGGUACACCUCCUCCUGGGGACAGUGUUCAGAGCUGUGUGGAGGUGGGGAGCAGCAGAGGCUGGUCACCUGCCCUGAAACUGGGAAAUGUGAUGAGGAACUGCAGCCCAGCUACAUUCAGACUUGUAACAUCCAUCCUUGCAGCCAGUGGGUUACUGGAUCCUGGGGUCAGUGCUCAGUAUCCUGUGGAGGAGGCGUUCAGCACCGGCUUGUCAAAUGUGUCAACACAAAGGCUGAGCUGGAGGAAGAAAAUGAGCAUACGGAUUGUGACCACGAACCCCGGCCAAAGAGCAUGCACAACUGUAACAUUCAUGAGUGUGACAGCGCCCCCUCUGGUCAGUUGUGUUUACGUGACCAUUUGACAUUUCGCUUCUGUCAGACCCUCCAGUGGCUUGGCCGAUGCCAACUGCCGUCAGUCCGUUCACAGUGCUGUAAGACCUGCGGUCUGCGCUCACGGGGCAGUGAACGCACCACACGCCGCUGAGAUACAGACGGAUCGUUGGACGACUGCUCUCUGCCAUGGAACACAUUUUAAGCACAGAUUGGUACAGGCUACUUCUCAAAAGUAGCUAUGGACCAGUCCACAUCCAUCUGGUCUGACAGCAUCUGUGACAUGCAGUCAGUUGCCACAGAAAAUCAUUUGGAUUUGCCACUCAGUUUAUAAACCAACAUUUAUUUUUUUUAGAGUUUAUAGGCACUUGGAGUGGAAGUCUACAGGGCUCUACACUGAAAUAAACAUUUAAAUACACAUUAUGCGACCACUGGCAACGGGCACACACUGCAAUCUGAGACUUUAAGUCGCAGACCAGUUGUCGACUUAAAACAUCAAAGGAGACGGGCUUGAUGCGUGUAGUAUGCAAUAGACUUUAAAGCUUAUUUUUCAGAAGUAUUAAUAAGUGCUUUAACAAAAUACAAGCUGCACGUCUUCUUUUAAACUCUCCGGAAUGCAUUGCCCCAUAGACUUCCAUUGUAAGUGUACUUCUGUAAAUGCUAUUUUUGUUGCUAUAGAAACUUACGAGUCAAAAUGAUUUUCCAUGAUAAUUGAGUUGAACUUUAAUCCCAAACAUUCCUGUAACACGUAAAUGGUGCUUAAAUCAUAUGUCAUCUCAGACGAAUGGUAUUAUUAAUCCAGGUAGAUUGGACUAUUUUGCCAUCUCAGUAGUUACUAGUUAAACUUUUGUGCCAAGCACAUUUGAAAUACUAUUUACUCUACAGCAGCGGUGGUUUCUGUUUAACAGUUGCUGGUAAAAAAGAUAUUCAUUAUUUUAAGGAUAUACAGAAACUUUUAACUCUGCAGGGAAUUUAAAGGAACAGUUCAUCCAAAGUGAAAAUUCUGUCAUGAUUUACUCAUUCUCAUGCCGUUCCAAACCUCUCCGACGUUCUUCCAUGGAAUACAAAAGAUAUGGAAUAGAAUGUCCUCCUUUCCCCAGCCUGAUCUCAUGAAAAUUACAUGACCAUGGCAUACAUUUUUGCAAAACUAAAUGAUGUGCUUCAUUACACAUUUCCUUGCAGUUUACCAGUAACAUGUCCAGCGGGGGGCGCCAAAAGUGAGUGAAAUGGUGUUGUAAUCAGACGAGGUUAAUACGGUGAAUGUUAUAUGGAGGUUUAAACGCACCUACCUAACCAAAAACUUUAACAUAAACCUAACAAAUAGUGAUCUAAAAUCAAAUGAGAGUUAAACACAAAACAGACAUCCUUACUCAUAACUAACGCCUAAACCUAACCGAUUGUGUCCUCAAAGCAAAUGCGACAUGAAAAGCGCAUUUUAGGAAGCACAUUAAAUGAACAUGGUGUUCAUUUCACCAGGAAACUGCGGCAAAAUGUAGAACGUGGUACGUAAAACUCAAGUUUGCAAAAAUGUAGUUCAUUCUAUGAGACUAAGCUGCAUUUUACAUACAUCGAAAGUGAAUAAGCACAAUAAAAGCAGUCUAUACAACUCGUGCAUUAUAUUCCAACUAUUCUGAAGCCACAUGAUAGCUUUUUUGUAUUCACUGUUAAUUUUCACUUCUGCUGCAGUUCUUUAAUCUCAUUCACACAUGCAAAUCAUUCAAAUAUGAUGCUUCAAGACUCGACACUUGAGAUGAUGGUUGCUGUCAUUGACGUCAAACCUGGCCCAAAGUGCUUUGAUGUGAUUUCAUUUCAUUCAUGAAUUUUCAUUUUUGUUUGAAGAGUCAGAGCGCAGCUCAACACGGUUAUUUUCAAUUUAGUGGCCAUUUUGCGCUGUUUAAUCAGACUCUUUUUCUCCAUUGAUAGUGGGAUUUCAGCAGCCCUCCAAGUAAGCAUGCAUUUCCAUUUAACUUCAAGUCAAGAUUUUAGCAAUGCUUUCUAUUUUACCCAUUGUGCUGCAAAAUUGGUGCUAAAGGAGGUGGUAAGCUCCUUACUCAGUCUAGUGUUGACUGACUGGUACUUGAAUUCUGUACACAGACAAUGUGUAGAUCUUAAUGUUACAUGUCUAUAUUUGGUUACUAUUUGGAGUACUAAAUAAUAAACAAAAUAAUUAUCUGGGUCACUACCACUUUUGAAAUCGUAUCCCCUAUAGAAAAUGUCUUUAUCAAUUAUCAAUGUCUGCUUUUAUAAAUUGUCACAUGAUUCCCUUUUUAAUGCAGUCUUAAAAGGUUCUUCUUUUUUUUCUCACAGUAUUGUAUGUGUACGGUGUAUAAUAGGGGACACAGCAACAACACAGACAUCAGUUUAAUGGAAUGUUCCAGGUUCAAUACAAGUUAAGAUUAAUUAACAAUGUUUGUGUUAUAAUGUUGAUCACUACAAAAACGAAUUUUGACUCGUCCCUCGUUUAUUUAAAGGGGUCAUGAAACUUGUUUUAAUUAUUAUUUUAAUAUGUUCCAUGGGGUUCACAAGUUCGAAUCCAGGGCGUGCUGAGUGACUCCGGCCAGGUCUCCUAAGCAACUGAUUGGCCCGGUUGCUAGGGUUUGUAGAGUCAGGUUGGGUGAACCUCCUCGUGGUUGCUAUAAUGUGGUUCUCGCUCUCGGUGGGGCACGUGGUGAGUUGUGUGCGGAUGCCGCGGGGAAUAGAGUGAAGCCUUCACAUGCGAUAUGUCUCCGUGGUAACGUGCUCAACAAGCCACGUGAUAAGAUGUGUGGAUCGACGUCUCCGACGUGGAGGCAACUGAGAUUCGUCCUCCGCCACCCGGAUUGAGGGGAGUCACUAUGCCACCACGAAGACCUAGAGCGCAUUGGGAAUUGGGCAUUCCAAAUUGGGGAGAAAAGGGGAGAAACAAAUAUAUAUAGAUGUUCCAUAGGUUCACUUACAUUAGUAAUAAAAAAUAAAAAAAAUCAUUUAAAAAGUAAUUUAUUUGUAAACGUGAUCAUUUUCCACCCUUAUUCUGACCCUCUUUCAAAAACGCUCUGUUUUGCUGCUGCUUCUGCUUUAAGACUUGACAGUAAACGUCCACUGUUAUGACUGUCUCUGCUCUUGACUGACCUGCCAUCUCAUUGCUCAUUGCUACAGGGCGGGGUUACGGAAGUAAUUCAUUAAAGUAGGCGUUGAUGUGUUGUUGUGGAGGCGGUCUGAUGCAAAUGUCUACCACAGUGUGACAUCACAAUGUGGAAGAAGUAGAGAACGAGUCAUUUUGGCAACUUGGUUUCAACAAAUGUUCUUUUUGCAGUGAGGAGGAAGUUUAAAGUUCUGAAACUUACUGUAUGUCUUUAUAGUACAGUGUGAUAUCUAUGUUAGAAGAUCAAGGAAAAUUUGAUUCCUCAUGUCAUUUAUGAUGGAAGUGAAUGGGGCCAUGCAUAAAUAUUAAAAUACACACUGUUUCAAAAGUAUAACCACAAGACAGUAUUUUUGAUUACAAGGUUUACUGACAUUACGUCAUCAUGACAACAAAGUUAUAAUAUUUGGUAUACUAUAACUUUACACAGAUAAGAUUAAUAUGUGAAUUUAUUACAUUAAAAUCAUGUUAACAUGUAUAAAGUUUUCUUGUGGCUAUACUUUUACAACUGUGUGGAUUUUAAUGUUUAUGCACUGGCCCCAUUCACUUUACUGUAACCACAAUUUUUUCUUUUCUUUUUUUAAAUAAACAAGGGACUAGUCGAAAUUAUAUUUUCUCGUAUUCAGCAUUACCACAAGUGCUGUUGACUGAGCUUAACUUGUAUUGACCUUGUUAUAACUGUACAAAUAUUUGUCAAAAGUACAUUAAAUAUCACAUUAGGUAAAUGUUUGCUUAUAGGGAUGCUUUUUGGCUUUUUGUAAUAGGCUACAUGAACACUAACCGUCAACUGUUAGUUGCAUUUGUAUAUUGCUGCAUAGUCAACAUAGCAUGCAUAUUUUAAUAUUUUCCCAGCAUUUUGAUUAGUUCCCUCAGAUAUACAGUAUUUGACUCUGCUUUCUAAUACAGACAGAAUAGCUUUGUUGGAAUAAUAAACAAUAUGUUGCUUCUCUGAAUAGGUGAUCAUGGAACUAAACCAAACCUAUGUAAAGAUUUUAUUUUUUCUUUAUUUUUUAUUUUUUGUGUGCAUUAUCAUCUUUCAGGUUUCAUUUUUUUUUUUUUUAAAUAGCAGAUUCUGGAAAUCUACAGCCAUCACUCAGGUAACACAUUUGCAUCUAAUGUACCAUUUUUGUGUGAUAAUUUACAUUUACUUUUUAUUCCUCAUUCAUUCAUCAAGGAACCAUGUAAUGUGUUUUGCAGAUAUGUGCUUCAUUUGUUGUUUUACAACAAUUUUUGUGUCAAGUUGCACUGAAACAUUGCAUUCGUCUUGUUGUGGAUGUCGUUUUUUUAGCUUACCAUUGUAAUAAUAUAUUGUUUGUAGAGUCUUUGUUUAGCCUUGUAAUUCUGUGAUUAGCUAUCUGUCCAGUAGACACAUAGACAUGUUUUCUAGUUUACAUUUAAGACAUUUUUCACAAAAUAUGGUUAUUUUUUACAAUACUUUUCUUUUUGGGAAAGCUUGUCAUGUUUAAUAUCCAUACUGCACUAUUGUAACACCUUUCGAUUUUGUAUUGCUUUAUGAAAUAGUUUUUGUUCAUUAUGAGAUUCAUUGAAAAUUGCAGGUGAACUGUAGAAUAAUAUCUCUAUUCUCAAGGCUAGCAAGCGAUAUUGCUUCAACUAUUUUAGCUUAAAAUAAUCAAAUCUUGCGAAUCAGACUAGAAACCUGAGACUUUGUAAUGAGCUGCAGCAAACGUCAGCAUUUCAUCUGUCACUUAAAAUCUCUAAUACAAUAGUAAAAGACCCUUUUUUCUAAAUCAGUCAUCCAGGGGAAAAGGCUCUGCAUAAACGAUUACUCUUUUCUAUUAAAAGAUAUUGCUUAAAUAAUUCCAUUCCUUCAGAGGUUUUGUUGCUUAACAAUUGGGCAGUGUUCAAAUGAAAUGUGUUAUUUGAGCAGUGAGGCUGUGAAUGAAUAGUUACAUAUUCAUUGUCGAUGUAAAGGGAUGAAUUUUCAUCCCAUCUGUCCCUGGGCAUUGUCAGUCACUUAUAAAUCCAAUUUAGGAAGAAAGGCAGGGGGUGUUUAAAGCUACAUGCUUUUAUUGGAGACCCGUCUGCUUUCGUGUACUCUUUUCUCUAACAAAGAACGUUCCAGCUGCUGACUUUUCCUUAGAUCUUAUGAGUAAAUGACAGCAUUCAACAACUUGAAUCCAAUGCCUUGCUCACUUGGAAAAGUCGCUUAAACUAGGGCCGCAGAUUCCAGGGGGGAAGAAAAAUUUUAGUGGUGUUAAUGUAGCGUGGAUGAAACUGGGCAGGGGAUUUCCAUUUCCCAGCAUGAUUUACAUGGGACUGGUUAGGUAGAAGAAUAUUGUGUUAUUUUAUGCAUUUUUUGAGCAAGAUGAGAACAGCAAGAGAUGUAGCCUAUUAAUGUUUAGUGUUCAGUUAUAUUGGUGUUUAGAAAGAGUUUCUGUUAUGUUGGAGUUUUUGGGGUUGCCAUUGUGGUGUAGAAUGGAUCUUGAGCUUAUGAUGAGAACAGGUACAAGAUACUGAUUUCUAUCUUCCUUGAGUGGUUGCUGCGCUAAUCAUAGCAAAGUCACCAUAAUGCACUCUGUAGUACUUAACACCAGCAUGCAUUUUGCAUGCUAACACUCACUGUCACUAGCUAGUACAUAAAGAAAUAAAACAGAUUAAUUAGUUACUUUGACAUCUAAUUUUGGUUGGGUUUACCCAAUUCUAUUAAGUUCCCUUGACACACAAUAUUUGAGUCUAGUUUACGUAGUCAUUUUAAGUUAAGAAAACUAAUUUCAAACACAUGGAACCACUGUCCACGAUUGAAUCAAGUUCAGACAGAGAGUUCUUUUUUUAUUGUGCACCUCGGAGCUGGUUAGACAUUUCAUAUAAUCCUUCAUUCUAGAGUUCAAUGUAAAAAUAAAUAAAUGAAUAAAUCAUGUGGAAAAAUACUUUCGGAACCAAGUGGCUGAAAAUUUAGCUGGGCACUGUUGCACUCUAUUAUUAGCCAUAGCCAAUUUUCCUGUCCAUUUUUCUCUAAUCAUAUAGAGAAGCCUGGCAUCCAGGUGGGACAAAAAUGAUCGAAGUAAUACUGGCCAAUAAGAAUUCAGAAGCUCAGCAAUGCCUGACCACCGUGUGGGACCUAAAAUGAACCAGAACCACUUGUCCAAUCAACACAAUCAUUACUUCCCUGAACUCUAGUGUUACAGGUACCUGCUGCGGUUUUCCAUGAAAUUGGGCUACUUUUAUUAUAAACGUCUUUUUUUGGUGUCCGAGUUAGCUGUGGACUGUAAAUUAGACUACUCCAAAAGGAGUGAUUCACCUAUGUCAAUUCUAUUUAUCGAAAUUACAGUUAUGAUCUUUACUAUAAUCAUGCA